CUCACAGAUAUUGUCCAGCGUUGCCAUGGAAACAGGUGCCCGAGGAUCCAGGAGCAGGAAGCUGCGAGUUGUAGGAGGUUCGCUUGAAACAGCUAGAGUGCUUUGCUACUGCACCGCGUUGAUAUUCCAACUAUACCUUUCUUCUGAGAAUGUUCAUAUGGCUCUCAAGAUCAAAGUAUUAGAGACAAAGAUUGUUCUUCAGAACCUUCUCAUUUGUGCUGCAGUUUUCUACACAGUGUUCUACUUAUUACAUAUCAUUUGUUUCAUAGCACUCGGUUUGGACAGCUUUGAUGAACUAGGGCCUUUUGAUUUUAAAGAAAAUCCAUCUUGGCUAAACAAAAAAUACCUUGCUAAUUUAAUUUCUCUUGAGGUUACCUUUACAAUUUGUGGUCUUAUCUUUGCAUUGCUUGUGGAAGAAUGGAUAUGGGAUUAUGCUUGUACAAUUACUUUGAUCCAUGUUAUCAUAACCUCACUAGUUAAGAUGGAGUUUCCUCUUGAGGCCCAUUGGUGGACAUCUCUAGGUAUUGGUUUAACAGCAAUGAUUUGUGAAGGACAAAUCCUGGCCUACCUGCUGUUCAGACACAACUUUAUCUAUCCAGUCCUUGAUGAUUUCUAAAAGUGACACAAGCCUUUUACCUCUGAAAACUGUGUUUUAUUUAAAAGAAGAAAAAAAUAUGGCUUUACAACAUUACUUUGCUUUUUGGAAAAAAAAAACUUAUGUGCCUUCUAAUAUAUUUGUUUAUCAUUAAACAAGCCUGUCAGUGAAGUGUGUUUUGUACAUUUGUACUACACGAGCAACAUAGUUAUUGCAAAAAAUGCCACUUACUGGAAUACAGUUGUCUGAUAAAAUAUUUAUUUUUGUCUGAAAAAAUGCGUAAUAUUGUUUAUUGUACAAAAAAAACAAUGGCUGAAUUUAGUGUUUGGCUUAA